AUGCCCGCCGCCACUCCAAAUGGUCGCUCCCGCGCUGGAGCUAAGAAUUCCUCCUUGAUGGUGAUUCUCAAGCUGUCUGGGGACGCCCUCCAACAGUUUGCUAGCCCGAAGAUCAAGUCGAGCCAAAAUAAUACCCCUAACAUUAGAACCAACGACAACUCCUCUCCAGCCUCAUCCGCCGAGCUCCCUACCGUCCGCCCAUCUUCCGCCGACAAUGGAUCCGACGCCGACGCCAAUUCUACGCCCGCCACAGGGGCGACUCCAAGCGAUGCACAGCGUCGGAAGGGUGUUCCGGGUCCCAAGCCCGGCAACAAAAGAACGAAAGAACAAACCGACCCUACCGCAAAGUCACGGGGACGCCCUGGCCCCAAGAAGAAACCCAGGCUUGAGGAAGGUGAUGCCACGAAAAUCCCAGCCGCACAGCGCCUGGGACCGAAAGCCAAUACGGGAGCCAUCAACGCCGGUCUGCGCGCGCUAGAUCGCACCGGAGCUGCGUGUCGCAAGUGGGAGCGAAAGCCCCUACAGCUACGCAGCUUCACUGGCAUUAUGUGGCAACUCCCUUCCUGGCGCACACCCGGUAUGUCCAAGUCCGACGACUCGGUCGAUGACAAGUCCGCAGCACUGGAAAGUGGUGACAGCGACUCAAAGACUAUGCUCCAUGCCCCCGGCACCGACACGGCCAAUGGCAGCAGUGCUGUACCUAGUGAGAAGAGUCAUUCCGGGGAUGGAGAUGUCACCCCUGCUCCAUCCCAUCUAGUGGAACCCUCCUCGCCGGCCAUUGCUAUGACAGCUUAA